GUGUGGGGUGGGUGGGAGACCUGCAGGUGAGACUCGCCCACCUGAGACUCCAUCAGGCUCUCCCAGCAUUGCCGGACGGUGGUGGGCAGGUUUUCUCUGACCAGGCCUACACUGCUUGAGUGAACCAUCCUUCCACACACUCAGUUCUUUUACUUCCAUGCUGCAACCUGACUUACUAAAUGGGCCUCCGCCGACUGUGCCAUUGUUAAGGAGGCGUGUUUGCUGGCGGACACGCAUGCAUCGGCCAGGAGAAGGGCAUCGCCGGAGGUGUGUGCAGAGAAGGCAAGGCUGCCUGUGACGGCCACCCGCUCCCGCGCUGAGCAGAGUCCAUGGGCCGGCAGUGCUUUCUUACACCUGAUCCAACUCUGCCCUGCCUCCCGGUCUCCCAAGAGGCAAGGGUAGUACUCCCUGUGACCCCCAACUUUCAGUCACAGGAAGGCCUCUGUGCAUGAGGGGGGCCACCAUCCAUCUGCAUAGACUGCAAGUGGGCAGAGACGUAGGGGUCGCUGGUGACUCUGCUUGAAUGAGGAGGAGGAAAACGUGUGUUUCUGGCCUCGGAAUUCUCAGGUGGUUGGCCAAAGAAUUAAUGUUAUAGAUGGCAAUUAGGGGCAGUUCAUUAGUCAUCCAACAUUCGCCAAGUGCUUACUGUGUGCCACUGACUGUGAUAGACGCGGAGGAGACAUCUGUUGGCAAAGUCUGACUCGGUCCCCACCCUUACGGGGUGUAUUCUCUGAUGUAAUGUGGUUGAACCAACAUUGUGCAGGGCCUCACUUGAACCACACAGCUGAGACCCAGAAAGGAAAUUUAAAGAGACUGAGUAGAUGGAAUAGUACCAGUUUGACACACCUAAGCUGAAUGUGUUUGACACUACCUCGAGCUCUCAGAAUUGGUCACUUCGACUUUGGACACAGUUUUAACAAACUUGGUUAUCUGGCUCUCUCUCCAGCGUUGUGGCCAAGAAGCAGCAAAUUAGAGGGAGGGUGAUGACGGAGGAUUCCUGAGAAAAAAGUGAAAUGCAAGCUGAUUCUAAAGAGAAGGCACCAAAACAGCACAACAGCCUGCAUUUCUUGGACACAAGGCCAGUGUUUCCAUCAUUUUUCUAUUUAUAGCCGUCUGUCUGCAUUCUGAUUGGGAACAUAGGGCUCAUUUUCAUCAUGCCAACAGUGGUGGUAAUGGACGUAUCCCUUUCCAUGACCCGACCUGUGUCUGUUGAGGGGUCUGAAGAAUAUCAGCGCAAGCACCUAGCAGCCCACGGUUUGACAAUGCUGUUUGAGCACAUGGCCACGAAUUACAAGCUUGAGUUUACAGCCCUGGUGGUUUUCUCAUCACUCUGGGAGCUGAUGGUUCCCUUCACAAGAGAUUAUAACACCCUACAGGAAGCACUAAGUAAUAUGGAUGAUUAUGAUAAAACCUGCUUGGAGUCUGCAUUAGUUGGUGUUUGCAACAUUGUUCAGCAAGAAUGGGGUGGUGCAAUUCCUUGCCAGGUUGUUCUGGUGACAGAUGGCUGUCUUGGCAUUGGCAGAGGGUCACUGCGGCAUUCCCUAGCUACUCACAAUCAACGAAGUGAGAGCAACAGGUUCCCACUACCUUUUCCCUUCCCAUCUAAGUUAUACAUCAUGUGUAUGGCAAAUUUGGAGGAGCUUCAGAGCACUGACUCCUUGGAUUGCCUGGAACGUCUCAUAGAUUUAAACAAUGGUGAAGGGCAGAUUUUUACUAUUGAUGGCCCCCUAUGCUUGAAAAAUGUUCAGUCUAUGUUUGGAAAACUGAUAGAUCUGGCAUACACGCCUUUCCAUGCUGUUCUCAAGUGUGGCCACCUAACUGCAGAUGUGCAAGUCUUCCCCAGGCCAGAACCUUUUGUUGUAGAUGAGGAAAUCGAUCCUAUCCCUAAAGUCAUUAACACAGAUUUGGAAAUAGUGGGGUUUAUUGAUAUAGCUGAUAUUUCCAGUCCUCCAGUUCUGUCCAGACAUUUGGUCCUACCGAUAGCACUUAACAAAGUUUCCAUCUUCUCUCCAUCUAGUCCUGAAUGGCAUGGAAUGCUCUACUCCCAAGCUGACAGCAAGAAGAAAUCAAACCUCAUGAUGUCCCUCUUUGAGCCUGGCCCAGAACCUCUCCCAUGGCUAGGGAAAAUGGGACAGUUGGGUCCUAUUUCAGAUGCGAAAGAAAACCCUUACGGUGAGGACGACAAUAAGAGCCCAUUCCCCCUGCAGCCCAAAAACAAACGCAGUUAUGCCCAGAAUGUGACUGUCUGGAUCAAACCCAGUGGCCUGCAGACAGAUGUACAGAAGAUUUUAAGAAAUGCAAGGAAAUUACCUGAAAAAACACAGACAUUCUAUAAGGAACUGAACCGUUUACGAAAGGCUGCCCUGGCCUUUGGUUUCCUGGACCUGCUCAAAGGGGUGGCUGACAUGCUGGAAAGGGAGUGCACGCUGCUGCCUGACACCGCCCACCCCGAUGCAGCGUUCCAGCUGACCCACGCUGCCCAGCAGCUCAAGCUGGCCAGUACCGGCACCUCCGAGUACGCUGGCUACGACCACAACAUCACACCUUUGCAGACAGACUUCUCCGGGAGCAGCACUGAAAGAAUGUAAAGCUGACUUUGGGAGCCUUCCUUCCUUCUCAUUUUAAGUCCAAAUGAUUUCGGGUAAAAACUUCUCCAGGGUGUUCACCUCUGCAGCCACCACCUGAAGACCUCCCUCCGAAGCACCCCUUGCUGGUUUGAGUGACUGCAACAGUCCGAGAAGGACUUUGACCUUCGCUUUCUAAGCUCUUCCAGCCCAGAAGACACCUGUGGCUCCCGUGAUGGGUACAUCUUCUGAGGAGCUUGAUGGUGUGAUGGGUACAGAGCUCUCUCCCUUCCUCAGGAAACCUAACCCACAGGGAUCCUCUGGCUUUCUGGAAGGCAUCUUCUCUCCUCUCAAUCAUAAGGACAUUUUCAAGAUUCUGCCCUUGGAAUGAGCAACCCAGACUGGGACUAGCUAAGGACAAGCCCUGCACCACUAAGUUUCGGAACUUUUCUUAGAACUUGGGCAAAACUUAGUGGUAACACUUAGGUGCUUUUGGUAUGUCUUGAGAUACAGACUUUUAAACAGCAGCCAUAAAUGUAAAAAAUUAUUCCCAUUCAAGUUUUGUUUUUUAAUGAAAAAGUAUUUGACUUUCUAUAAAAUGGUUUCACUGAUAAAU